CACUCGGCUCAUCCCUCGAAAGAGUGGACACAUUCAGCGAGAGAGAGAGAGAAAAGAGCAGGCAGCUCAUCUCCAGCGGCGGUUUCACUUGGUCUUGAGUCGAGCACCAUGGCGGACGCUGCUGUCGAGGAACAACCGCCUCCACCCAAGGAAAAGAAGAAAAAGAAGAGCAGCAGCGUUAAGAGCAACAAGUCGGCCACCGAAGAGGCACCUCAAUUAAACGGCGAGUCCACCCCUUUGGUUGACGAGGCUAAACCAGCAGAAGUUGCUGCCGAAUCAGCCACUUCAAAGGAAAGCGAGCCGCCCCAAGAAGAAAAUCCUGCGACCGACGGUGGCGAACCCGUGCCGGCGGAAGAAUCUCAGCCCGAAGAGCAGCAAGGGGGUGCACAGGAAAACGGAGGGGAGGUGCUGGAAAGUGCGGAAAGUGCAGCGCAGGAGGAAGCGCCAGCUGAAGCCCCCGCGCCGGCAAGGAAAAAAUCUGUGAAAAAAGAGGCCGACGAAGAAGAAAAGCCUGCAGUUGCAGUGGCGAAACCAACCGCGAAACAAAUUGCCGAAGAGGAGUUCGCCAAUGCUCAAGAAAAUAAACUGAGAGAGUUGGCGGAGGGCUUCUUCUUGCUCGACUGGAACAAAGAUGGGCAGAUCGACAAGGUCGAUUUGCAGAUGACUUUCGCCUCACUCGGCUUCCCCGAUGUUCCCGACGAGCAAAUCGACGGAAUGCUCAGCGAGGCUUCUUCACCUCUGGACAUUGACGCAUUUAUCGAGCUAAUGGGGAAAAAGUCGGCGGAACUGGAUCCGGAGGACCUGCUGGUGAAGGCCUUAUCGUGUUGGGACGAAGACUCAUCUGGUUUCAUUUCUGAGGAGCGUAUCAGACGCGAUCUGAUGACAUGGGGAGACAUAUUCACCGAACAAGAGGUCAAUUACGCGUUGGAGGACGCACCCUUGUACGAAGAGCCUGAGGGUAUCAUGAUCAACUACAUCGAGUUUUGCAAAAUCCUGUGCGGCUCUGCCACGAAAAGUCAAGAAUAAUUCUCUUGAUUAUUAUAGAAAUGGAAGAAUAAAAUCAACAAUUUAAA